UGGGAAGAUUUGAAAAGGUGGAAGAGUGUCUCGUCCAUAAACUUUCGACACGAGUGGGUGCACGCAGGCGUGCGCAGCGGGAGGGAGAGGUGGAGAAGAUGAGUGCUGCUGGUCAUGUGGAUAACAGUAAAACUGAAGAAGCUAUGCUGCCGGGGUUUCGGUUUCAUCCGACCGAUGAAGAGCUUGUUGGGUUUUAUCUGCGGCGAAAGGUAGAGAAGAAACCCCUCAGUAUUGAACUCAUCAAACAGGUUGACAUCUACAAGUAUGAUCCAUGGGAUCUACCAAAAGUGAGUAGCGUAGGGGAGAAGGAGAUGUACUUCUUCUGCAUAAGAGGGAGAAAGUACAGGAACAGCAUAAGGCCCAACAGGGUGACGGGGUCUGGUUUCUGGAAAGCCACGGGCAUCGACAAGCCCAUUUACGCAGUGGGGCGCCAACCCAACGACUGCAUUGGGCUGAAGAAGUCAUUGGUUUACUACCGGGGCAGUGCUGGUAAAGGCACCAAAACUGAUUGGAUGAUGCAUGAGUUUCGCCUUCCCCCCACCGCCGCCCCCCACACUAACGACGACUCAUUCCACCCUCAUCCUCAUCCUCAUGCCCAUCCCAAGACCAUUGCUCAAGAAGCUGAGGUUUGGACACUCUGCAGAAUUUUCAAGCGAGAUGCAUCCUAUAAAAAGUACUUACCAGAGUGCAGACAAGCCUCCACGAAGCAAAAACCCACAGAAUCAAGUUCCAAAACAUGCAGCCUGGAAUCUGAUAACAAUGAUCAUCAGUGCUUGAGGCAGGUGGAGCUGGGUGAUAAUUCUAUUAAUUCAUCAGUGGUUCAGCAGCAGAUCAACAGAUCAGAGAAGCAGGCAGUGGCGAUUCAUGAGCAGCACGGCCAGUUUUUGAUGGGCGGGCAGGGGCAGGGGCAGCCGCAGCACAGCUCCAGCUCCAGCUCCAGAGAUUAUGAUCAAGCUCCCCCUCAUCCUCCUCCAGUAGUAUUUGCAGCAGCAGCAGGAUCUCAGUCGGGUGCAUAUGCAUGGAGUACUACUACUACUAUUUCCAACGAGGUUGAGUUCUUCAGAAGUGGGAACUGGGAUGAGCUAAGAUCUGUAGUGGAUUUAGCCAUUGAUCCAUCGCAUGUCUACCACUGUAGAUAG